AUGUCAGGCCUUUGUGAGGUUUGCGCCUUCGAACCCUCCAAGUACAGAUGCCCUACUUGUGAGAUUUCGAGCUGCUCUCUCGCAUGCACUCGGACACAUAAAAUAUACUGCGCUCCCAAAGCACCUUCGACGACCGAGGCCACGAACGCACCCUCUGAUUCCCUAACGCAGCCCAAUCAAGCCGCUUUACUUGUCGCCAGCGAGAACAGUCAAACAGCACAGAACGGACACAGGUUGGCGACGAGGGAGCCAUCGGCAGAGAUCAAGGACCUAUUGAAACAGUAUCCGAUGCUGGGCGAUCAACUACGAGACAUAUAUAAAGCCACCCUACAAGAACAAUGGGUGGAAGGGCCAGUCCAUGGCGAUAGGCCACGAUACCAUGGUAGAGGCAAGCCUCCCCAACGCAAUCGUGGACCGUGGACACGGGAGAAAGGGUUCAGCCGGGGUCUGGGGAAGGUCCGGAAGUAUAGAGGCCGUUGUGAGGAUGGCCUCGAAACUGGCAAGGGCGCUGAAGCCUUCAUGCGACUUUUGACCCUGGUCAACGAAGAAGGUGCCACAAAAGAGCCUCAAUGA